AUGAAAGUGGUGGUUUCUGCUAGCAGAAUCUUGCCACAGAGUACCCGCGCAGUUCAUCUCAUCUCCAGACCCUGUCGUCAUUCCUCCCCGGCGCACAGCGCAUUCGCAAAAACCCACUACCCAAUUCUUGAACUUCGGAAUAUCCGUACCUUCAACACCAUGUCUGCCAGCGCGACUGAACAACCACAAGCAACGCCGGCGGCGGCAGCACCGUCAACAGGGGACGCUACUCCAGCGAAGCCUGAGUUACCACCUCUGACCCCGGCCGAGUUCAAAGUCUACAACCAAAUGGCAGAAAAGAUGAACUACUUUCACAACCACUUCCGCCACCAAUGGACCCUCCUCCACACAGCAGCCUCAACAGGCCGCCGCCCCCAAAACAUGUCCCUCAAGCAAUUCCUCGACACGGGCCUGCAGUUCACCCGCCACCUCACGGCCCACCACGGCAUCGAAGAAGCCCACGUCUUCCCCAUGCUCGCCCGCCGCAUGCCCGAGUUCCGCACCGGCGGCCGCGGCGGCGGCGCGGAGCUCCUCCGCCAGCACAAGCAGAUCCACGACGGCAUGGACAAGUUCGAGGCCUACCUGCGCGCCUGUCGCGACUGCGAGACGGAGCUCGAGCUCGGCGUCCUCAAAGAGAAGAUGGAUAGCUGGGGGGAGGUGCUCUGGACGCACCUUGACCAAGAGGUGGAGACGUUGGGGGCGGAGAAUAUGAGAAAGUAUUGGACGAUGGAGGAGGUGAGGAGGAUGCCCAUGUGA